ACCCGGCCGAGCCCGGCCACCGAGAACUGUACGGCAGCGGGGGAGCGAUUUGGCGGGGACACAGGGCCGCUCUGAGGCCGCCGCGAUGCUCCCCUCGUUGCAGGAAUCGCUGGAUGGGGAUGAAAAGGAGCUAGAGAGCAGCGAGGAGGGUGGCUCCGCUGAGGAGCGGAGGCUGGAACCGCCGCCCAGCAGCCACUACUGUCUCUACAGCUACCGCGGAAGCAGAUUGGCACAGCAGCAAGCCGACAGUGAUGAUGGAAGUCCGAGUGGCACAAAUACAGAAACUCCCUCUGGUGAUGAUUUCAGCCUCUCCUUGGUGGAUACUAAUCUACCCUCUGAAGUGGAGCCCGAGCUGCACAGUUUCAUUGCUAAGCGUCUCUCUAAAGGAGCGGUCUUUGAAGGGCUGGGUAAUGUUGCAUCUGUGGAGCUGAGAAUUCCAGGUUACCGAGUAGGCUGUUAUUACUGCCUUUUCCAACAAGAAAAACUGCUUCCUCAAACAGCAACAAUGGACUCUGAACAUAACUCUUCAGAGUAUGUGGUCUGUUUUUUAGGAGGGUCUGAAAAAGGACUUGAGCUUUUCAGGCUUGAAUUGGACAAGUACAGUCAAGGGUUAAAAAAUAACAUGAACUGUGAGGACAGGGGCGGGGAGCACCACAUACAGUCCUACCUGAGCAGCUGGUUUGAGGACGUCGUAUGCCCCAUCCAAAGGGUGGUUCUUCUCUUUCAGGAGAAGCUUGCCUUUCUGCUACAUGCUGCUCUGAGUUAUACUCCUGUUGAAGUUAAAGAAUCAGAUGAAAAAACAAAGAGAGACAUUAACAGGUUUCUGAGUGUGGCCAGUCUCCAAGGCCUUAUUCACGAAGGCACAGUGACAUCUUUGUGCAUGGCCAUGACAGAGGAGCAGCAUGAGUCUGUCAUCAUCGACUGCAGUGGUGCCCAGCCUCAGUUCCAUAACGCAGGAAGCAACCGGUUUUGUGAGGACUGGAUGCAUGCUUUUUUGAACGGUGCUGAAGGAGGUAACCCUUUUCUCUUUCGACAAGUCCUGGAGAACUUUAAACUAAAGCUACGAUGUGUAUUAACUAGGAUGUUCUCAGAACUAGAAUCUUCAAUUUCCAUUGAUACCAACAGCAUCGAACGUGCCAGUCUCCCCACGCCCAGUCAGGACUGGGCAUCUAAACUUUUCAUCUUUGCUAAUCUGACAGGCCAUACAAGACACAAACAAUUUGAAGAGAUUUAUCCGGCAGGCAGAAAUGAAUCAUUACGCUUUGUUUAGAUGUUUCAUGUUCCUAAAGAACUGUGGCAGUGGAGAUAUCCUUUUGAAGCUUGUCAAAGUGGAACAUGAAGAAAUGCCCGAAGCCAAAAAUGUGGUUGCCGUCCUCGAAGAAUUUAUGAAAGAAGCUCUUACCCAAAGUUUUUGAUCACAUAUUUUGAGAGAACUGUAUUGUGAAGUUAUGCAAGCCUUGAUAUUUGAACCUGCAGUUGUCACAACUGUCAUAGGAUUCUUACUUAAGAUUAUUGGAAACAUUCUAGAUUUUUUCAUUUUGUACUUUUAGGACUAAACCUAAUUAGACAUAAAAAUCUGAGGAACGUCUUCACCGAGUCCUAGAUAGAUGAGUGUUGGGAGUUGAGAAAGUUUUACAUUUUUGAGGGGCCAUAAAUUCUAGACUUUAGGGAAUUGUUGCUUAAAAAACUUCAGAGGUGAUUUUGUGGUUUCUCUGAGGAGUUUGCUGCAGUAUUUAGCAACUUUUCCUCCCAGAAAAAUCACAAUACUUCUUUUUCGGUGUGUUAUAGCUUCUUUUAGAAAAUGUACUCAUUGUUUUAGGAUAGAUUAAUACCACGACACCGUUUCAAAGACAGAUCUGUGCAUCCUGUGGGUGCUUGAUAGAUUUUUUUUUUUGUCUGAUUGAUAAUGGCCUGGAUGAUGACGCCAGCUUUUAUGUCAGUAUGCAAAUAAAUCAUGAGUGUGUAAGGGAUUAAAUGAGCUUUAAAAAUAGAUGUACUAGCUUCAAGAUAAAACAUUAUAUCUGAUGGAAAGCUCCUGAAGAAGUAGCCCCACCACUUUUCUUCAUUCCAUAUAUUCCUCUAUUUUCUUUUCUCUUUUAUAUGAAAAUGCUGGAGUUUUUAAACAGAGGGUUAAGAAAGAAACAAAGUACAUACAUUGUACAAGCAAACUGUAACAUAAAGCACACAGAUUCUUCAUGUGGGGGUUACUCAUUGAUUUUAGGUUUUUGUACAUUUGUUACAAGCCUUGUAUUGUUUUACUCUGAAUCAACUGAAAGUGUCCUGAGUUAGAGCCAUUUAUAAUUCCCAUGGAAGCUAACCGUAGCUCCACACAUAUGACUGCAGUUGUUCUGCAUAGCCCUUUAAUAAAUCCAUUUGAUAAUGAUUUUUUGUGUAGAAGAUCAGAAGCCUUGUGUUCUUACUGCCCUCAGGAAGCUCAAAGGAACACAAGCUGGUAAAAAUCCUCUCCUAAACUCAUCUAAAUUCACAUUAAGUGCUGAGUUGUAACUUUCAAAGUGACCGACAAUGGCCUUCUGCUUGAUCUUCAUUGUAGAGAAGGCUGGCGGUGCGACUUACCGAAUCACUUCUUUCUUUAAUGAGAAAUACAAUUCAGCAUCCUCAUAAAGGCUUUCACAUGGUUUUAAACUUUAAUAACUUGGAUUAUAGUCAGUGUAGGACAAAAAUCCAAGUAGCAUCUUUUUUUACAGCAUUAAAUUCAGAAUGACUAUGGGAAACAAGCAAUUUUUUUUUGGCUGCACCCAUGGCAUGUGGAAAUUCCCAGGCCAGGGAUGGAACCCGUGCCACAGUAGCAUCCCAAGCUGCUGCAGUGACAGCACCAGAUCUUUAACCCACUGCGCCACAAGGGGGACUCCAGGACAUCAACAGUUUGAAUCUGGAAGACAUAUUUUUCAUUUUCAAAUUCACAUAUCCUUCAAGAGUCCAUGUUGUAAAUAGCAUUUAAGAGCAAAUGUAUAACCUUCUUCAAGUCAUUUAUGGAUAGAGUCAAGGCACAAUUACACAGUCUUUCUUUUUUUUUUGGCUGCACCUGCAGGGUGCCUAAGUUCCCCGGGCCAGGGAUUGAACCCAUGCCACAGCAGUGACAACACUGGAUCCUUAACCCACUGAGCCUCCGAUUACAUAUUCUUUGUAUAUACUUUUAUAGACAUUUUUUGUAAUGUAUGCUCACUACAUUAUACAGUUUUAUACGAUACAAUCUUAAUUUAAAUGUGUGUGAUAAACCAUACAUCCCUACUGUAGACAAGGCAAAUAGUGACAUGGAGUUGGAUAUCUUGUGGGCCAUGAGAAGAAAUUCAGAGAGCUCAUGAACAUGUACUGUAUUCGAAUUUUAAUAAGCUAAUAUAUUAACUUUUAAAGUUUUAAAAAGGAUUUGUUCAGGUGUGUGUGGAAUGCAUUACAUAUUAUUUGUGUGCUAUACACACAUAGGAAAUAUAUGUUUGUCAUGUAUCAAAAAAUGGUCUCGAUUUAUCUGUAAUUAUAUUUAUAAUAAUAAUAAAUUUAGCUUCUCACCGACACAGUCA